AUGUCCUCAACCGUCGACGAAGAAGCGACCAUCUCCAUCCCGAGCCUUGCCUUUGUCGCUGUGCUCGGAUAUUUCAUCUAUCGCUACUUCUUCUCUUCCCGGCCAGGUGCCGCCGACGGUGGCUCCCCAACAUCCUCCACUGCCUCGAGAAACACCACUCCGGGGAUUCGUUUCACGCCUGCGCAAGUUGAUCAGAUAGCGCAAAUGUUUCCACAAUUAAACCGCAGGGAUAUAAUGUGGGAUCUGCAUCGUAAUAGAGGCAGUGUGCAGGCCACAACGGAAAGGGUGUUGACGGGGAGGGGACUGGAUCCGGCUCCGCCUUCAUUCCAGCCGCCGCCUUCGUUUAUGGCCACAUCUUCUGAAUCGAAUACCACCCCCAGCGUAUUAACACCAUUCAAAAAACCUACCCCGCCCGACUUGAUCACGCGAUACAAUUUACAAGCAAAGGUAAACUCAAAGGGGAAAGAAAGAGAAGAGGAAUCACCGCCACCAGGAUGGACUAGCAACAAAGAUGAGCGACAGAGGAUGCUCCAGAGACGGCGAGAAGAAAUGAUUCUUGCGGCUCGAAGGAAGAUGCAGGAGAAAGAUGCAGAAAACGGAAGUCCUCCAUCUUAG